GCAGUCAGUGCUGGUGGGUGGAGAGCUGCUGUACAGAGGGGCGGAGAGCUGCACUUCCCUGUCUGGGAGAAUUCACUGUGUGUGCAAGUCACAAUUGAAAGGAAGCACCAUGGCUUUCCCCCUGGCUUUAGCCAUGUAAUAUUGUCCGCCUUUCCACGGCUAUCCCAGGAAGGAUUUUGCACCGUUUCUGCUCCAUUCUCCCUCACCUCCCUCCUUCCACCCUUCCUGGUCUUUGCUGGAUAUAUAUCCUUUUGGAAAAGAACCUCAUCAUGAUUGAUAGCAGUAAAAAGCAGCCGGGUCUUACAGAGAUUAUUCCUGACGGGGAUUUUGAUCCAUUGAAAGACAAGGAAUGUCUUGAUGCAAACAACCAGAAAAGUCUGAAGGAAGUGCUUCAGCUGCGUCUGCAACAAAGGCGAACAAGAGAACAACUUGUAGACCAGGGCAUCAUGCCACCGUUAAAAAGCCCUGCCGCAUUUCACGAGCAGAUCAAAAGCUUGGAGCGUGCCAGGACUGAGAACUUCCUGAAGCACAAGAUUCGUAGUCGUCCAGAGCGGUCCGAGCUUGUGAGGAUGCACAUUUUAGAAGAGACACAUGCCGAGCCGUCCCUGCAGGCGACACAAAUGAAAUUAAAGAGGGCACGACUGGCAGAUGAUCUCAAUGAAAAGAUUGCUCAAAGACCUGGACCAAUGGAGUUGGUUGAAAAGAACAUCCUUCCCGUGGACUCCAGUGUUAAGGAAGCUAUUAUAGUUGUCCAGCCAGAUUUUCCUGAAAACACAGAUGCUUUCUCAUUUGAUGAAGACAGUGAUGCCUUUUCACCGGAACAGCCAGCAAGCCAAGAAUCUCAGGGAUCCGCAGCUUCUCCUGGAGAGAUCAAGCUCAGCGAAUCUGCUUCUCCUACAUCCAACAUUAAUAUUCAGUGCCAACUAGUACAUUCGCCUCUGCCAGAUUUUUUCAAGCCGCCUGUUCCUGCCAUUGAACCCCCUACACGCCCCCCUGCGAUCCUGAAAUCUGGGCCAACACUGGUUAAGCAAAGUCAACCGAAGAGUGCAAACGACAAGCCACGCAGUAAGAAGUCAAAGGAGCCCAAACCACGGGUGAAAAAGCUGAAAUAUCACCAAUAUAUUCCCCCAGACCAAAAAGGGGAGAAGCUGGAACCCGAGAUGGACUCCAACUACGCCCGUCUCCUGCAACAACAGCAGCUCUUCCUCCAACUACAGAUCCUGAGCCAGCAACAGCAACAUACAACUACCAGGACAAUCCUACCAGCACCACUCAAGACGUUGAAUGACAAACCAAACAAAUGGAAACUCCAUACCAGCACCGUGAAUACAGCGCAUCCCUCUGCCCAGAACACCACCAACCGGCAGAACAGCAUCAUAUUUAAAAAGGCAGGGCCGCUACUCAAUCUGGAUGACAUGAAGUUGGCUAAACUUAAAAUGGAGUUGAAACUGAGAGGUUGCCAGUAUCCGGGACGAAAACGGAUCUUCAUUGAACGUCUGAAGCCGUACCAGGAUUUAAACCAAUAAUGGUGUUAGUGCUAUAGUGCCACAGCUGUAACACACGCCACCGCCACCCACUACCCGUUCAGUAGUGGUGCUGGCGACGCUACAAUCGCAUAUACCACUGCUAUUGUAAGUAAUUGCGUACCCAGUUUGUGUUCAGAAGGUACAUCCACUUCAAAUGGAAGCAACCCACCAACUUUAGAUGGCAUCAACUCCAUUACCAUGUCGCCUACCCCGUCCGAACAAUCCAACUUCAGUACUGAAGACGCUACAAUGACAGACACCUUUGCAGAGAUUAUGACCAUGGUGUCUCCUUCCCAAUUUAUGAACACCCUCACUAUGAAGAUCAAUAUAAAUGAGGAUAGCAUGGGGUCAGUCACCGUACCACUACAAACAUGGAUUUGGGAUGCUGCAGAGAAGGGACGCAAGCUUCAGGAGAAAGAAAAGCAGAUUGAGGAGUUGAAACGUAACUGGAGCAGGAGCAAAAGCUUGGGAGGUGCUGAAAAUGCAGCUUGAGGUGGAAAACGUGGCCAGCAACAACCAUGCUCUAAUGUUCUGGUAAAUGUGGAUCAGAAUUUCAAUGCAAAAGUUAAAGAGGAAACUCCAUAUCUGAUGCCAGAGUUCACCCAGACCGUUCUGAGCGGUCACUUGAUAGGACAGCCCACAGUGACCACUGGCGGCCAGAGUAUCAGCAACAACACUGUAGUCAUCAAAAGAGUUCCCUUAGACCAUGAACAUCAAAAUAUUAUCCAGCAGUUUUAUGUGACAUCUCAAAGGACUCAGGCUGCAGUGGUGGCGCAGCCUCAGGCACUACUAAUACACCAACAGCCCAGAUUAUGCUGCCGGUUCUCAUCAAACACCAAUGCAAUGCAGCUGUCCAUGGUUCAGGCCCCAGCACAAGCACCAAGUACAUCUCAGCCUUCGGUUCUGAAUUCUACCCCUGCUACUCUGGUCCAGGCACUGUCCUCUCAGAAACCUCCUACAUCAGUGGCACAGGAGAAGUUUACGUCACAUAUGCUCAACCAGAACCCGCAACCCAGAAAGGUAUGUCCACCCACAACAUCAAACAAUGUGUUUUCCUAUCCGCAAACCCCAGUCACUUCAGUUCCUUCGUCGCUCAGCAGUAACGUAUUGACUACUUCUCAGUCUGCAAGAACACCGCCAACUGCGCCAGUACAGAACGGGCAGAAAUCCCUUCAUGAGUCCAGUGCCACAUCCCCGUCCCAGUACAUUGUCCAGCAUUCUGUGUUUAACAGCUCAGCUGCUAAAAAUAAAGACCCUCCACGCUAUGAAGAGGCCAUCAAGCAGGCACGUAAUAUUCAGCCUCAAUCUCACACCGAGGUAACGAACGCACACAGCCAGCAGAUGGAUGACUUGUUUGAUAUACUCAUCAAAAGUGGAGAAAUUUCUCCUCUAAUUAAAGAACAACCUUCUCCAAUAUCAAAGAUGAGACCUGUUACUGCCAGUGUAACCACUAUGCCAGUGAACACGGUAGUAUCAAGACCACCACCACAGAUACAUGUAGCCCCUCCAUUGUCUUUAGAACCAACAAACAGUCUGUCACUUAGCUUAGAAAGCCAACUGGAGGCAUUCUUGGAUGGAACCCUACCACCAGGAACUAACAUUCUUCAUCUAGACAGCCAUAGUGAUGGCAGAGAUACAUUUUCUCUAAUUGAUGACCUGAACAAUGAUCUUCACAGCAUACUGGACCAUGAUUCGACACCUAUGGAGACCACGGACACCCCAUUCACUGCAACCAGUUGCUUAUCUCUAGACCUCCAAGACACAAACCUGGACAACAUGGAAUGGCUGGACAUUACUAUGCCAAAUUCCGCCUCUUCUCUUACUCCUUUAAGCUCCACCAUCCCAAGCAUGUUCUCCACUGACUUUUUGGACACUAAUGACUUGCAGUUGCAAUGGGAGUAAACAUUUACUGUAGAUCUGGGAUUUUAUUUUGAAAAAUCUAAGCUGGAAAAUGGUUGUAAUUGCAGCAGUUACACCAAAACAGCAGGAUACAAAGUGAUCUGCAGCAUUUAACUGCACUGGAUUCCCAAAUAUAUUACUGGCAGGCCACUAGGGAGAGACACUACACUGUACAGGUAAAAACCAAACCUAAAAGGUGACCAGUACUGGUGGGUCAAGAACGCUGGUUAGAUCAGAAAACAUUAGGAGAUUAAAAAAUGGAACGAUCAUUGGGGGAAUUGUACACAAAUUGACAAUAGCAACUAUAUAUCUGAUGUUUUUUUUCCACUUAAGGUGGAUUUUUUUUUUCCCUCUAAAAAUAACUGCACUUGACUGUUCCUGUGAACAGGCUGAGCCAACAUUACUCCAUGGCAAAGCACUGACUGGUUCAGGGUUCACACUAGAAUCUUCACAAGAUAUGCAGAAGUGAAGAUAUGUGCGUGAUGCAUAAUUGGCUUUAUCUGUCAUGAAACAAUGAUGUAAACCUUGUAGAAAGCAUACGUUUAUAUAAUCUACAUUUUACUGCCAUUUUCCUGUCAAAUCAUAGAGAAGCCUAAAAAAAAAAAAAAAAGACGCAAAAUCUUACUUUAGUAAGGCGGUUCAUGCAUCAUUACAAAACUGUAAUUGUGUUGCUGGAAAAUGCU